CGUUUAAAAUUGAAUUAAAUAUGCUUUACUACUCCCGCGCACUCUGGUCUCUGCCCGGAAAACAUAUACGGCACCUUUCAACACGUGUGACACCGGUAGCGACCGACAAUGACCAGCCCAACAGCUUGUUGCCGGCUUAUACAGAUGAGGAGCGCGUGAAGAUUUUGCAGACGCUCAACGACUCCAGCAUCGAUCAGAUGCUCAGCUACGACAUAACCAAGGGGCGAGCCAGCAAACUGCACAACUGGAGGACGCGCAAUGGUCCACUGCGGGAUGUGAACGACAUCUUGUAUGUGGAGGGUUUUGGCCUGAAGGUAGCAACGAAGUUCUUCAAAAGCCUGCUGGAGCCGGAGGGCACCAGAAGGAGCAGCGAGGGAAAUGCCGUCCAGAAGCCAAAGUCCACGCGAACGGCUCCCUUCAUAACUCCUGGUAUGGACGAGGGACAGCGUGUGCGCACUACGUCGAGCGUGGGAGUUCGCAUUGGUGUUACCAGCGUUAGUUGGGCACGAAUUGAGAUUGGAAAGAAUGAUAAUGAUCCCUGCCUACUCACCCACUGGCAGCAUCACGAGCUGAACGACAAGAAGCUGCACUUGGCCGAGCUGGCCCGACGCUGCCUCUACGUGACCCACCAAAUCCCGCAGGCUGACUGCUAUGUAUUAGAGAACCCACAGAUGGCCCAGGCCAGCAGCAAUCCGGGCAGCAUCGAUCAGCAAAAUGUGAACAUCCAAAAGUCUCAAGUGACGGCUAUUAUGAGCUAUGCCUUGCUGUCCCGGGGCGAUCCAGACGAGACCAAGUGCAACAACCUCUACUACAUGCGACGCUUUCUCACAGCCCGACUCUUCAACCACUUGGUGGGCACAGAGAGGGUCUCCUCAGAGGACACCAUUCUUUCCAUGAUGCGCACCCACUACAACAUGGAGGAUCAGACGGAUACUACACCGCAGGCACAUGCAGGAAUACGCAAUCUGGUGCAGUUCCCUGCGGACCUGAGAAAUAUGUUCUCUCAGCAGGAGCGCUAUCAGCGCGAGCUGCUGGGUCAGGCUUUUCUGCUGAACCUGGCGUUCGCACGACUCGUUCUCCUGCAGGAUCCGUUGAGCAUAUCAACUGUUUCGCGCAGCCCAAAGACUUCCCUCCUUUCCAGUGCGGACGGCUGUGAGGCAGUUGUUACAUAGUUUAUUAGAUAUAUAUGUAUUUGUUUGAAUUGAAGUCAGAUUAAAUGUUAUUUCCUUCGCGGAAGGGAAGUGUAAUUAAAAAUAA